AUGGAGUCUCCAACGCGUCCAGUCCUCAGUCCUCCCAAGGUCCUCCACCCGGUAUCGCCGGAACGCCUAAAUCAACAAACAAUUCCUGCCUCGCCCUCCCUCCCCGCAGAUCUUCUAUCGCUCCAUCAGAAAAGCACCAAAGGAGUCUCCGAGGUGCAAGCCAAAGUGGCUUUUCUCAACCAACUCUCUCGCCAGGCUAGCCCAGGUGCACAGAAUCAGGCCGCGGCCCAGAAUGCUGCUCUCCAGCGGGCCAUCCUCGGUCGUGAGGAGGCCGAGUCCGCACUCGAGUCCGUUCAGGAAGAGUUGUCGGAAGCACAAUUGCGUGAGCGCCGCAUUAGCGAGCGACUCGAGUCGCUACUAGAGGAGUUGCAUGGCACCAAAGAGCGCCAGGCCCACGAACGCUCGAUUUUCGAAAAGGAGAUCCGAAAGGCUCGCAAAGAGGCUUUCCGAGCGGGGUCGACUCUUGUUAAGCUGCAAGAGGAACUCAAGAACGCCAAGUCUGAAGCCAAGUCCCUCAGAGAGGAGGUUGCCGCAGAGCGUGAGUGUAAAGAUAAGGCGAAACAAGAGGCAUUCGAGCGCGCCUAUGCCCUCGCUGGUCUCACUGAGGAACUCGAAGUCCUGAAGGGCAAACUGCGAUCCAUGGAGGCCUCCAACCACUCUAACAGCCUCGAAGUUCGUGCACAUGAGAUUCGAAAAGAAGAUUUUGGCCGACUUUCCCUUGCUGAGGGCGAUCUCGCUUUCCUCGCAACCCCACGACGCCCUAAGCGAGCCGCCGUCGGAUCUGUGAAGUCCCCAGCCUCAGAGCUCGAAACCAUCGAUGCCGAAGCCACUCCUCCGAAACGACAGCGACUCUCAGAAUGCACUACAACCGCCGGCGACUACCAAGGCUCUAAUGAGCAGUCUUCAUCGGAAUUGGCCCGUGAAGCCAUGGAGGAUCUCCAGGACGAGCUUGAGCUUGAGAAACGCCGACGAAUCGAAGCAGAGGAAAUGGUGCAUUUCAUGAACAUCGAGUGUCAGUUCGAGCGCUGCUCCUGCCGCAUCGCUGAACACCAAGGCCGUCGUUAUAUCUACGACGAAGAAUACUUUGAAAAAUUCCAGAAGCCGCAGCUGGAUGCGCAGGCAGAGGCAGAGGCACAAGCAGAGGCAGCUCGUAAGGCUCGCUCUCUUGAUGAUGUCCCUCCUCCUGUCCCCGCCCAUUCAGAACCCGUCCACAACGAGCCUCAAACCAGCUACACCCCCAGUGUCGAUCCUCCCAGCCCAGUCCACGUAAAUACUGUUCAACAUACUCCUGUUCGCCGCCAGCCGGAGCCCGCGGUCAAGACUGAGCCGACUGAACCCCCGGAAAAGAUGCCUAUGCCCGCAGAGCCACUGGUCACCUUCUCACCAGAGACGGGGACUUUCACCACCUACCCGUCUCCUCUCCGCGAUAAUGUUCGACCUCGUCGGACUGACUCCUUUGCCUCGCCUGGGAUGAGAAGCUCUCAAGCCCACUCCCACCGUGGCUGGAGGAACUCGGCAGUUUCGACGACCUCCUUGAUUCAGCCUGUUGAGUCCUACACUCCAUCCGCUGAGCCGGUUCCCUCGAGAAUGGUGCACGCCGCGCCAUCCGAGGUUAUCGCUGAUGAACCCGCCCAUGUUCCUGAGCCCGAGGAAGUCCGACCUUCUCGACGACAAGAACGGGAGCAGUAUCGCCCUAACCCUGCCUUGACCAAACGUGUUCCGCUCCGUGACCCAACGAGUUCCCAGGGAUCCUCGUCCUUCGGCGACACUCCUAUCAACCGGGAGGAAGCGCUGGCCCAGAUAAGAGCGAGACGAAGCCGUGCCCGCAGUAAGCAGCGAUCAGUCAGUGCAAAUGAAGCUACUGGGCGAUCCGCUGGCUCUACGGGGAGUGUUCGAUCGACUCCCGGUCAGGGUGCAAAGCGAGUCCCUAACUUGCGCGCCGAUUCAAAUGGCGAGAAGGACGUGAGCGAGCGCAGGGACCUGAGUGCUCCUGUUCGCAUGUUUCGACGUUAA